AUGAAUAAUAAAAUAUGUAAUAUUACUGAAAAAAUAAAUUUAUUGGAUGAGAAAAAUACAAUAGAAAAUAUAGAUGAUGAUAAUAAAAAUACAAUAGUUAAUGAGAAUGAUAAUAUGUAUAAGUGUAGUGGUAAAGAAGAUAUAAUUCAAAAAGAUCCAUAUUUUCAUAUUAUGAAAUGUGUAAAGUAA